ACCCCCGCCGCCCCGCGACCCCCGCCGCCGCUCAAGAUGUCCGGCGGCGGCGCCCUCCUGCUCGCCGGGCUGCUCCUCGCCGCGGCCCUUUCGGCCUUCCCCGGGCUCGGGUCACCGGUGAAGGAGAAGAGAGGCUGGACCCUGAACAGUGCCGGCUACCUUCUCGGCCCACAUGCCAUUGACAACCACAGAUCGCUUCACGAGAAGCCCGGCCUCGCCGGCAAGCGGGAACUCCCUCCUGAAGACGAGACAAGGCCAGGAGGCUUGGCCGGGUCGCCGGCGGAGAGCGCUGCCAUGCGCACCAUCAUAGAGUUUCUGACUUUCCUGCAUCUCAAAGAGGCCGGAGCCCUGGAGUACCUGCCCGACCUGCCCGAGCUGCUGCCCACGGCUUCUGCAGAGGACGAGCAGCCCUGACGACGCUCUCGGCUGGCUCCUCUGUGCCCCGGCGCCUACGGUCAAACUUGGACCUGAUGGAAAAUCUUGUGCCAACUUACGUAGAGUGACCAGUCCUGUCCCUUCUGCUCUGAUGCUGUGUUGUUAGGGUUUUGUUGUUAAGACUUUCUCCCCCUUUGGUCAUUCUUUUGAGCAGCAGAAUAAAAAAAUAGC